GCCUGCGGUCCUGCGCGCGCGCCGGCCGGCAAGAUUAAGAAUCGCACCAUUUGAGUGAAGUGAGCUGAAGCGAGCGCACGUGUCUGUUUUACGUUGUUACGAUGGCGGGAAAUGGUGCAGACUCUAGUGAUAUCCCAGGGGAUGACGUGGAUGAGGCAUUCCCCGACAAAGAUGGCGAAGAAUCUUUAGAACCCGAAUACUACGACAUGUCACAGGAGAGGAAGAUGAUCAUCUUCAACCAUUAUGUGUACGACGAUAAUUACCCGGAAUUGAGAGAGAAGCCCAAAACUCGUAGGGGCACAUUUCGCGACGUCGAGGCUCUCACGAAGACCGGAGAAAACUUGAACUUUGACGUCCAGCCCUACCACGACAAAACACACGACGAGAUCAUUGCCAUCGUGGACGAUUUUUGCAAGCAAGAUCACAAGACCACGUCGUGCGUCUGCGUAUGCAUACUCACUCACGGCUUGUACGGCGGGCAGCUGUUCGCGCGCGACAGGUCCUUCCAGCUGGGAGACAUCGUCAGCAAGCUGCAGGAGCACGCGCCUGGCCUGGUGGGCAAGCCUAAGCUGGUGAUUGUGGAGGCGUGCCGUGGACUGCAGCUGGACGCGGGAAAAUUAUACCUGGACGGGCCCCGAGAGGGACUGGUGUUGCCGUCACACGUGGACACACUGGUUCUGCGCUCCUCCGUCGAAGACUUCAGAUCCUUUCGCAACGGCAAUGGUUCCUGGUUAAUCCAAGAGUUCUGUCGCGUGCUGGACGCCAAGCAUCGCCAGAUGGACCUGCUGCAGAUGAUCGUCAUUGUGUCCAGGCUGGUCGCUCGCGAGCACACAUCCAACAUUAAGAAAGUACCCUGGAAACACAACAAGAAAUCGACUCCAGAGAUGGUCUCCACGCUCAUUAAGACCCUGCGCUUCACCGACCCUGCCUAGGAACAUCAUCAAUGUUGGCGGCAUGAUGAUCAAUUGAUCAGCCUCAAAGAUGAUGUUCACUGGCUCUGACCAGCUUUACUACAACGUAACAGAUACGAGGAGAUGCCAGAGAUGACUGACUAAAUAUAAAAUUAUAUACUUAUUCGAUAUAAAACA